CAAAGAACAGCGCUGCGCCUCGUUUCGGCUCCCGCGGCGACCGGCGUGGCGCGGCGCGAUGCUGACCAAGUUCGAGACCAAGUCGAACCGCGUCAAGGGCCUCGCAUUCCACUCGAGCCGGCCGUGGGUGCUCGCGUCGCUGCACAAUGGCGUCGUGCAGCUGUGGGACUUUCGGAUGGGGACGCUGAUCGACCGGUUUGAUGAGCACGACGGGCCGGUGCGCGGGGUGUGCUUCCACCAGAGCCAGCCGCUCUUCGUCACCGGCGGCGACGACUACAAGAUCAAGGUUUGGAACUACAAGCUGCGGCGCUGCCUGUUUUCGCUGCUCGGCCACCUCGACUACAUCCGCACCGUGCAGUUCCACGUGGAGCACCCGUGGAUCGUGUCGGCGUCGGACGACCAGACGAUCCGCAUCUGGAACUGGCAGCAGCGCUCGUGCGUCUCCGUCCUCACCGGCCACAACCACUACGUCAUGUGCGCGCAGUUCCACGUCAAGGACGACCUGGUCCUGUCCGCCUCGCUCGACCAGACGGUGCGUGUGUGGGACAUCGGCGGGCUGCGCAAAAAGACGCUGCCCGAGACGGUCACGCCAGAGGAGCGUAGCGCCAUGGGGCCGCCCAUGCCCGACCCCGCCGGCAGCAGCCCCGGAGGGUCGCUCUCGAGCAAGCUCGGCAAGGCGAUCCCAAACAUGAAGGUCGAGGACCUCUUCGGAGGCAACGACGCGACGGUCAAGUACGUUCUCGAGGGGCACGACCGCGGCGUCAACUGGGCCUCCUUCCACUCCACCCUCCCGCUCAUCGUUUCUGGCGCCGACGACCGGCAGGUCAAGCUCUGGCGGAUGAACGAGACCAAGGCGUGGGAGGUUGACACGCUGCGCGGCCACAUCAACAACGUCUCGUGCGCCCUCUUCCACCCAAAGCAGGAGCUCAUCAUCUCAAACUCGGAGGACAAGUCGAUCCGCGUGUGGGACAUGUCCAAGCGGCAGGGCGUGCAGACCUUCCGCCGCGAGCACGACCGCUUCUGGAUCCUCGCCGUGCACCAGGAGUCCAACUUGCUCGCCGCGGGCCAUGACGGCGGCAUGAUCGUCUUCAAGCUCGAGCGCGAGCGGCCGGCCUUCACUCCAAUCUCCGGUGGCGUGCUCUUCGUCAAGGACCGGUACGUGCGCUCGUUCGACUACGGCUCCGGCAAGGACACGGCGCUCAUGUCGAUCCGCCGCUCGGGCAACUCGGGCGGCCCCGCCGUCCACUACAAUGAGCAGGAGAACAUGCUGCUCGUCUGCCACGACACCGACGGUGGCUCCUACGAGCUCUACUCGGUGCCGCGCGACGGCCGCUCGUCGGACCAGUCGCAGGAGUGCAAGCGCGGUGCGGGCAGCUCUGCCGUGUUUGUCGCGCGGCAGCGCUUCGCCGUGCUGGACAAGAACCGGCAGAUCCUGAUCAAGAACUUCCAGAAUGAGGUGACGAAGAAGUGCGCACCGCCGCACGCUUCGACCGACUGCCUCUUCCCCGUGGGCACCGGCAUGCUGCUGCUGCGCUCCGAGGAGCGCAUCUCGCUCUUUGACGUGCAGCAGCGCAAGGCGGUUGCCGAGCUGUCGACGCCCGCCGUCAAGUACGUGGUCUGGUCGCCCGACAACUCUCACGUCGCCCUGCUCUCGAAGCACGGCGUCGUCAUCGCAAACAAGAAGCUCGAGCAGCUCUGCAUGGUGCACGAGACGAUCCGGAUCAAGUCGGGCGCGUGGGACGGCAACGAGGUGUUCGUCUACUCGACCCUCAACCACAUCAAGUACUGCCUCAUCAACGGCGAUUCGGGCAUCAUCCGCACGCUCGACGUGCCCGUCUACAUCUCGCGCGUCUCUGGCGGCACCGUGCACUGCCUCGACCGGGAGGGCAAGGUGCGCAAGAUGGUGGUUGACGUGACCGAGUGCCAGUUUAAGCUCUCGCUGCACAAGAAGGAGUUUGAGCGCGUGAUCCGCAUCAUUAAGCAGUCGCGCCUCUCGGGCCACGCCAUCAUCGCCUACCUGCAGAAGAAAGGCUUCCCGCAGGUCGCCCUCCACUUUGUCUCGGACGAGCAGACGCGCUUCAACCUGGCCGUCGAGUGCGGCAACGUCGACAUUGCGCUGCAGGCGGCGCAGGCGCUCGACUCGAAGGAGAACUGGCACCGGCUGGGCGCCGAGGCGCUCAAGCACGGCAACCACCAGGUGGUGGAGAUGGCCUACCAGCGCACCAAGGACAUGGAGAAGCUCUCCUUCCUCUACCUGAUGACGGGCAACAUCGACAAGCUCAAAAAGAUGCUCAAGAUCGCGGAGAUGCGCUCCGACGUGAUGGGGCGCUUCCACAACGCGCUCUACCUCGGCGACGUGCCCGAGCGCGUCAAGCUGCUCGUUGAGGCGGGCCACAUCCCGCUCGCCUACAUCACGGCCCUCACGUACGGCCUCACCGAGCAGGCCGAGGCCCUCUCGCAGCAGCUC